AUGGCGUGGGACGCCUGCGAGACUGACGCUAUCACCAGCAGUGCGGCGUGCCCCGCCUACGAAUACAUUCCUCCCCCAGGCCCCGACUUCUUUAUCGACGUGAGUGAAAGACUCGCCUCCAAUCCAGCGCAGCUAAACUACGGCGUGGCAGUGACUGACACUGACGGCGAUGGCAACUUUGAGUUCGUCGUGGCUGGACAUGGAGCCGCCAACCAAGCCUUCGAGUGGGACGGGAGCAGCUACCAGGAUAUUGCGCUCAGCAGCCCGACCCUCCAGGACGCCGAGCACCGCGCCAUUGGUGUGGCUGCGUGUGACAUUGACGGCGACGGGCACGAGGAGUUGUAUGUGCUCAACACGGACCAGUACUCGGGCUCGACCUCAACGUCAGACAAGCUGAUCGACUUCGACGACGCGAGGAGGGAGCACGUCGAGCUCUUCGCCCUCCCACAGAACCAGGGCACCGCUAAUUACGUCGCUGGACGCUCGUGCGCCUGCGUCGAUCGGCACGCAGAUGGUAAAUUCGGGAUCAUGGUUGCAAAUUAUGGAGGUGCGAUGAAGCUCUUCGAGGCUGGCAGCGACGGGCGUACGCUCAUAGACGUGGCGCCAGAAGCGGGGGUCGAUCUCACGACGGGAGGGCGAGCUCUCGUGGCCGGCCCGAUCCUCUCCUCCAACGUGGACAUCUUUGCAAACAACGAGGGUUGGAAUGCCAACUUCAUGUUUAGGAACAACGGCGACGGCACCUUUAGUGACAUGGCUCAAGCAGUGGGGCUCGACGACCCAAACUACACUGGGCGCGGGACAGCACUGUUUGAUGCAAACGGAGACGGCCUCGUGGACAUCGUCUACGGGAAUUGGAACGGAGAGCACCGGCUGUUCGAGCAGUCACGCGACACAGCGGGUGGGGCGAGCUUCACGGACAAGGCCCCUGCCGCCAUGGCCGAGGCGUCCCCUAUACGAACCGUCAUCGUCGCCGACUUUGACAACGAUGGAUACGAGGAGAUAUUCUGGAACAACAUACCCGGAGAGAAUCGGCUCUUUCGCCGGCUUCCUACCGACGAGGACUGGACCCUCAUCAACGCUGGCGCCGCCGUGGACACUGACGGCCACGGCACCGGCGCCGCUGUGGCAGACCUGGAUGGCGACGGGCUGCUUGAGCUGUUGGUGAGCCACGGAGAGUCUCAAGCGCAGCCGCUCUCGCUCUUCAGCCCGGCGCUUGGCCGCGACAACCAUUACUUGCGAGUGAUGCCGCUGACCACGCACGGCGCUCCUGCGCGCGGUGCUGUGGUUAGGCUAACGGCUUCGGGCCGCACGCAGAUGCGCAUCAUCGACGCUGGCUCGGGAUAUCUUUGCCAGAUGGAGCCCGUCGCUCACUUUGGGCUUGGACCUGUCACGGCCGUAGAGUCUAUUGACGUGGUUUGGCCCGGAGGCACUUGCCUUCAUGUCCAGAGGCCCGCCGUCGAUGAGCUUCACACGGUGCCGUUUCCC